CGCCGACGAACCUUAGAACCGAGCAGUCGCCAUGCGAGCGCACGCCCAAGAAAGUGUAGUACGAAAAUAGAAAUAGAAAUAGCCGUAGUGCAAGCACACAAGCGAUUACAUAAAGCCAGCUAUCAUCCCGAACAUCCAACGACUGCAGCUAACGGAGAAUAAACAACUGAUGGCCAAUGUUUAAAGACGAGCAUCGCAAAAUGUAAAGCAAUAAUCAACACAACAAAGCCAAAGCUCACAAUAGAAGUAGACGAAGACGGAGCUGAGAAGACGAGCUCGGGCGAUGCCAAAUGCCAUUAUUGGAAACUGUCGUAGUCAUAAGAUUUGCAUAGCAUAGCAAUAGCAAUAGGCAGCAUGAAAGCCCCCAGCGUGAUAAGCACUCCAGCAACAACAACAACAACAGCAAUAGCAAUAGUAGAUAAUACCACGCACAAAAUGGUUAACAAAGGGAACGGUGACAAUAUUAACGUUAACGGUAAACUGAGCGAUCCGCUCGCCUGAAAAGUGAGACAGACAUAUGACCAGUGUUCGAAAAUCGAGUGAGAAGCCAGAUAAGAGAGAGCGAGACAUGCAGCUGCCCUAAGGACCUCGGCAAGGACGAAGGACAAGAGACCAAGGAGCAACCAGAGGCAGCAGCAGCAACCAACCAAACGACGACAAUCAGUCAAGAUGAGUGAUGAUCAAACGGCGUCCUACGAUGAGAAAGCUGUCGCCAAGCACCAGGUCGUCGCGUAUACGCAGAGGUCGCAGGUCAAACACGAAAACCGGCACAUCCAGCUGGUGCGGGAGUACGGCUUCCAUCCGCGGACCAAGGCCUCCGUGGAGGACGGCGACGUGUUGCCCCGCAAGUUCGAGCCCUUUCCGGAGCACAUGUACGGCAAGCCGCUGGAGGAGAUUGACACCUUCAUCUAUGAGGAGACCUUCUGCGUGGUGUCCAAGAGGUUCCGGAAGAACUACAUCCACCGCUUCACGGGCACCAAAAGCCUCUUCCUCUUCUACCCAUGGAGCCCGGCGCGGCGGGUGUGCGUCUACAUCGCCACCAACCAGUUUUUCGAUUAUUGCGUCAUGGCCACCAUCCUGUUUAACUGCAUCUUCCUGGCCAUGACGGAGACCGUGGAGGAGGCGGAGUACAUCUUCCUGGCCAUCUACUCCAUCGAAAUGGUCAUAAAGAUCAUCGCCAAGGGCUUUCUGCUCAACAAGUACACGUAUCUGCGCAACCCGUGGAACUGGCUGGACUUCGUGGUCAUCACCAGCGGCUACGCCACCAUCGGCAUGGAGGUGGGCAACCUGGCGGGGCUGCGCACGUUCCGCGUGCUGCGCGCCCUCAAGACGGUGUCCAUCAUGCCCGGAUUGAAGACGAUCAUCAACGCGUUGUUGCACUCCUUCCGCCAGCUGGCGGAGGUCAUGACCCUGACCAUCUUCUGCCUGAUGGUCUUUGCGCUCUUCGCCCUCCAGGUAUACAUGGGCGAACUGCGCAACAAGUGCGUGCGCCAGGUGCCCACCGACUGGACGAACGUGUCGCACGCGGACUGGCAUAUCUGGGUCAACGACACCGACAACUGGCUGUAUGACGAGGAUGAACUGCCCGUGCUGUGCGGCAACCUGACUGGAGCCCGCCACUGCCCCUUCGAGUACGUGUGCCUCUGUGUGGGCGAGAAUCCCAAUCACGGCUACACCAACUUUGACAACUUUAUGUGGUCCAUGCUGACGACUUUUCAGCUGAUCACGUUGGACUACUGGGAAAACGUAUACAACAUGGUGCUGGCCACCUGUGGUCCUAUGAGCGUCUCAUUCUUCACGGUGGUGGUCUUCUUUGGCUCGUUCUACCUGAUCAACCUGAUGCUGGCCGUAGUGGCGCUGAGUUACGAGGAGGAGGCGGAGAUCACGAAUGAGGAGCGCAAGAAGGACCUGCUGGACCAUCGGGAUGACUCUACGUUCAGCUUUGAUCCCUCGGUGCUAAACGUGAAGAAAUUGAACAAGAACAACAAGAAGAAGAUUGAUUCUCGGAAGGGCGUGCUGCUGGCUUCCUAUAGCAAGAAAAAGACUCGGCGAAAAAAAGGCAAAGGCGGCAAGGAAGGCGGCACCAAUGGCAAUGGAAACGGCAGCAACGGCAACGACCCCAAAUCUCACUCGGCCACGCCCAGUCCGGGACCAAGUCCCCGCCACAGCGCCACGGAACGCCCCUCGGCGCUCACCCUGCAGGCCCAGAAGCAGUACCAGCAGAUGGAGCAGCAGCACCAGCUGGCCAAAGCGUCCGGUGGCGAAACCAACACUGCCACUGCUCCCACGCCAAAGGGUCGCAUCAGCUUUCAGGACAGCGGCGUGGGCGUGAAGAACCCCAACAUGCUAUACCCCUCGGACUACAAGGGCCAGCUCAUCGCCAGCAGCCGGCAGGCGAGCUCCAACUCCAGCGGCGUGAAUCGCGAGUCCUCACAGGACGACUCCGGUGUGGUGGACGAUCACGAGGAGCAAGACACGACCAACGAUUUGGGCCACGUGUCCACCGUGGAGCUGGCCCUCUCCCCACGCGAGGUGCGUCUGAUCAAGUGCAAUGGAAACAUAGCCCGCAUCAAAAAUCACAAUGUAUAUGCUUUACACCAGGAAUUUUCCUCGGAGGUGGUUGUGAUCGAUGAUCUGCCCGAUCGGAACUGCGAUCGAUGUGUACACUGGUGCACAGACUACGAGAGCUGGCUACAGUUUCAAAAUUGCCUAUACAAAGUGGUGCGGGAUCCUCUUUUUGAGCUGGCCAUCACCCUCUGCAUCGUGUUGAACACCGCCUUCCUAGCCAUGGAACACCACGGAAUGAGUGAGAGCUUUCGCAAUGCCCUGGAUGUGGGAAACAAGGUCUUCACGUCCAUUUUCACGUUCGAGUGCAUUGUGAAAUUAAUGGCGCUUUCCAAGGACUUUUUUCUGUGCGGCUGGAACAUCUUCGACUUGCUUAUCGUCACUGCGAGUUUGCUGGACAUCAUAUUCGAGCUUGUCGACGGUUUGAGUGUCUUACGUGGCUUGCGACUGCUGAGAGUAUUAAAACUAGCCCAAUCUUGGACUACAAUGAAGGUAUUGCUAAGCAUUAUAAUAUCAACGAUCGGCGCCCUCGGCAACCUGACGCUGAUCCUGGUCAUAGUCAUCUACAUAUUCGCUGUCAUCGGCAUGCAAUUGUUCUCCAAAGACUAUACGCCUGAGAAGUUCGACCCAGACCCAGUGCCAAGAUGGAACUUCAAUGACUUUUUUCACUCGUUUAUGAUGAUCUUUCGCAUUUUGUGUGGCGAAUGGAUUGAACCUCUCUGGGACUGCAUGCGUGCCGAGGAGGAGCAAGGAGCCUCCACCUGCUUUGCCAUAUUUCUGCCGACACUCGUGAUGGGAAACUUCAUGGUGCUCAACUUGUUCUUGGCCUUGUUGCUCAACAGUUUCAACUCCGAGGAACUCAAAUCGAAAAAAGAGAUUUUCAAGAAGAAGGAAGUUGGCGAGGAGUCCAAGUUGGCGCGGAGUAUUGAACGCGUUCGUGACCUGAUUCGCAAAAAGCGGCAGGAGCGCAAGGAUCGCAAGGAGCGAAAGUUCGCGGAGAAGUUCCAGCAGAUUGUAUUGGAUGCUCAGCAGGCGCAUGCUCAGGCUCACUCCCAACAGGCUGUAGUCGGUCUGGAGAGGGGCGACAAACCGGGUGUGCUGGCCGAGACCAAGUUCCACAGACUGAGCUAUCAGGAGUCUAUGAAUCGGCCCGUCUCCGGCUCCGAUUUUGGUUUCCAGAUACCGCUGCACGACGGCUUGCACACGAUAGUCGACGGUCUCGAGUAUGAUGACACGGGAGACUUGCCAGAGCAGAUCCAACUGCAGGCGCAUCCACUGCCACCCAAGUCAGACUCGCUGCCACCAACCUACGAAAGCGCUAUGAUGGCCGCCGCUGCCGCUGCCUUUCCGACCGUCAAUGGGAAUGGCAACAAUAACGGGAACGGGAUCGGUCAAAACCUGACUCCGUUCGCCCAAGCGGAGCGUCGGCUGCAGCACCAAAUAUCCUCGGGAGUGAGCACUCAGCAGAACGAUUCACGCGAAGAGGCCACUUACACAGAAUCCAUCGAGCUGCGCCUGCUGGGUCAAUACAACUCCACAGACACGGACCCGUACGCUAAUGAUCAGCGGAGCGGCUGCGGCUCCUUCAACCGCGGCGACUCACUGCAGGACAACUCCUCGCGGCGCUACGGGAGCGAAGAGCACGACGAGGCGUACCUUAAGUACCAAAAGUCCCUGCUGACGCGAUCACCAAGCUACCGAAAGUCACUUGAUCGCCUGUCCCAAUCUAGCGGGCAGUCACAGCGAUCGUUGCUCAAGUCGGAGGAAGCUGAGAUGCGGCGGCACUCAAGCGGCCACUCCCUGAACUCCAUUUCGAUCGAACAGGACGAACUGCUGUCCCAGCAGGGCAACCUGCGCGAGGAACUGCUCAACUGCGACCAAAAAGAACUAUUUCAGUUUCUACAGGAGGAGGACGAGAUGCAAAAGGGGACCAACCUGAGCCGCAUCUCAAACGCCAUAAGAUCUCGGCGGCCCUCCAGUCAGAUGGGUCAACCGGAGAGCGAGGCACUGGUAGAGCACUCGGAGUUUGACAACAUUAUUCAGAGCUUCGAAAAGGAACUGGAGGAGAUCAAGCGCUCUACCACGUCAUUGGAGCGCAAGCUUUCCAACCUUUCAGAACCCUCGCCGGCCGCCGACGAAGCCACAAAAGCCAUUAUGGAGCACAUUGCCAUCAUUACGGGCGCUUCAGAGCGCUCGGCCGCCGACGAGGUGGUGCACCCGUUAAAUCCCUAUGACAGUUACGAUUUGUCGAGCGUGCCACGGCGCUCGCAGUCCGUCAGCGCAGCCGCUCAGCGUCAGUCCGUAAAGCUGAAGCGACGCAGCCUGGAAAAGCAGCGCAAGAUCGACGAAGACUUCAGCAUUUCAAACGAGAUACGCAAAAUCUGUGAUCAAAUCCAUGCCCCCUUCGUAGCCAUGGAAGCCAUGGCUGUAGCAGCUACCAGCGCUAGCCAGGCGACCCAGCCCAGUCAAUCACCAUUUCUUAGGCGCAAGAUCGAUCCCUUCACGGUGCAGUUCGACCGCUUCAAGCGCCUAUCCCUAAUAGAGCGCGUGGAGGAGCUGCCCGAGGAGGAGAAACCCAUCUCGACAUUGCGCAUCGAGUCCGAAAAGAUGCCGCGCAAGUUUCUCCACGGCCACGAUCAGUUGGCCCUAGACAGCCUCUCGCUGAAGAGCACUAACUCGUAUGAAAAUCUCCUAAUCCAGAAGCAGAAGCUGGGCAUGGCCACACCUCCCGCCGUUCCCGCCACUCCGCCGACAUCCUUGAAAUCAAGCAUCGAGCCACCGACACUGGCGCAAAUUUCAUCGCUAAAGACCACCCCGCCGCUGGCUGCUCUCACCGAGCACCAGCAGCACUUUCAUGCCACGAGCAUUCAGGCAGCACCCACUCACGGCCACGCCCACGCCCAUGCCCAUGCCCACUCGCAGGCACAUGCUCAUCCGAUGGCUGGGCCGCGGCGACGCCCGGAGCAUCCACAAUCGACGCUAGACAAAGCCGCAUCCUUCCAGUCCGCGCGCACCGAGUCGCACAGCUCGGGAGCGGCUGACACGAGCUCGGCUUUGGCUCUGGCCUUGGGCCAUAAGACUGAGCAGUCCCAGUCAGCGGCGCCAGAAGCCACCCAGAAGCCGUCGGCAUUCACGAGACUGACCGAAAAACCAUGGCAUUGUUUGGUUUCCUACGUAGACGAUCUCACUGUCGGUGGGAGACGUAACUCGCAGGGAGCUUACAAUGAUCCCAUGACUUUUCCGAGCUACGGGGCCACUAAGCCGCCAAAGGUGCCCGACGACUGUUUCCCCCAGAAGUGCUACGAUCACUUCUACUUCCGCUGCCCCUGGUUCAUGAGCUGCAUGGACACGCAGAGCGCCAAGCACUGGACGCGCGUAAGGACGGCUGUCUUGGCGGUUGUCGAUACUCCGGCCUUUGAGUGGUUUGUGUUGGUGCUGAUCUUUGCGUCAAGUAUCACGCUCUGCUUCGAGGACAUCAACCUGGACAAGAACAAAACGCUGAAGCGCGUACUGUACUGGAUCAACUUCUCCUUCUGCCUGAUAUUCGUCGUAGAGAUGAUCCUGAAGUGGCUGGCCCUGGGAUUCUCAAAGUACUUUACCAGCUUCUGGACCAUUCUCGACUUCAUCAUUGUGUUUGUGUCGGUUUUCUCGCUGCUCAUUGAGGAGAAUGAGAAUUUGAAGGUCCUCCGCUCGCUGCGCACAUUACGAGCUUUGCGUCCGCUGAGAGCCAUCUCUCGGUGGCAAGGAAUGCGGAUUGUAGUAAACGCUCUCAUGUAUGCAAUACCAUCAAUUUUCAAUGUACUUUUGGUUUGUUUAGUUUUUUGGUUGAUCUUCUCAAUAAUGGGUGUUCAGUUCUUUGGUGGUAAAUUUUUCAAGUGCGUUAAUGAGAUGGGCGAGUUACUGCCGAUUACUGUGAGUAUUUUUUGGCGGAGAUUAAUAUGCAGCGCCACCCCCAGACUUGGCACUUGGCAUAUUACUAAUCAAUGCGAAUUCCAGGAGGUGAACGACAAGUGGGACUGCAUCGAACAGAACUACACAUGGAUCAACUCGAAGAUCACCUUCGACCACGUGGGUAUGGGUUACCUGGCCCUGCUGCAAGUGGCCACCUUCGAGGGCUGGAUGGAGGUAAUGGCCGACGCCGUCGAUGCUCGCGGAGUGGACCUACAACCGCAGCGAGAGGCCAACCUAUAUGCAUAUAUUUAUUUUGUUAUAUUUAUUGUGUGCGGAUCGUUCUUCACACUCAAUCUGUUCAUUGGAGUUAUCAUUGAUAACUUCAACAUGCUCAAGAAGAAGUAUGAAGGAGGAGUGUUGGAAAUGUUUCUCACCGAAUCUCAAAAACACUAUUACACGGCUAUGAAAAAAUUGGGACGAAAGAAACCACAGAAAGUUAUUAAGCGACCUAUAAAUCAUUUUUUAGCUAUGUUUUAUGAUUUAUCCAAUUCGAGAAGGUUCGAGAUCGCGAUCUUUGUACUGAUAUUUCUUAAUAUGCUUACCAUGGGCAUCGAGCACUAUGACCAGCCUCAUGCGGUUUUCUUCAUUCUGGAAGUGAGCAACGCCUUCUUCACCACCGUCUUUGGCCUGGAAGCCAUUGUGAAGAUCGUCGGCCUGCGCUACCAUUACUUCACGGUGCCGUGGAACGUGUUCGAUUUCCUGCUGGUGCUGGCCUCCAUCUUCGGCAUCCUGAUGGAGGACAUCAUGAUAGACCUGCCCAUUAGUCCGACCUUGCUCCGCGUGGUCCGAGUCUUCCGCAUUGGGCGCAUCCUACGGCUCAUCAAGGCCGCAAAGGGCAUCAGAAAGCUUCUGUUCGCCCUCGUAGUGUCGCUGCCCGCCCUCUUUAACAUCGGAGCUCUGCUGGGACUAAUCACAUUUAUAUACGCUAUCCUGGGCAUGUCGCUGUUCGGACACGUAAAGCUCCAGGGCGCCCUCGACGACAUGGUAAACUUCCAGACCUUCGGGCGCAGCAUGCAGUUACUGUUUCGGUUGAUGACCUCGGCCGGGUGGAACGACGUGCUCGAGUCGCUGAUGAUCCAGCCACCCGACUGCGACCCCUUCAUCCACGGGCAGACGAACGGAAACUGCGGACACCCGCUGCUGGCCAUCACCUACUUUACGAGCUUCAUUAUCAUCAGCUACAUGAUCGUUAUCAACAUGUACAUUGCCAUCAUCCUGGAGAACUUCAACCAGGCGCACCAGGAGGAGGAGAUCGGCAUAGUCGAGGACGAUCUGGAAAUGUUUUACAUUCGCUGGUCCAAAUAUGAUCCACAUGCCACCCAAUUUAUACACUUCUCGCAACUGUCCGAUUUUAUUGCCUCUCUCGAUCCACCAUUGGGCAUCUCGAAGCCCAAUAAUGUCGCUUUAGUGUCAUUUAAUCUGCCCAUCUCUAAGGGCAAUAAAAUACACUGCCUCGACAUUUUGCACGCGCUCGUGAAGCACGUGCUAGGUCAUGUCGAGGAGACCGAUAACUUCAAACAGUUGCAGGAACAAAUGGAUGUCAAGUUCAAGAAACAGUUUCCAACGCGAAAAGAAUUGGAAAUUGUUUCGUCGACACGGAUCUGGAAGCGCCAGGAAAAGGCGGCUAAGACCAUUCAGACGGGCUGGAAGGAGUAUUUGCGGCGCAAGCGGGAGAAGGAGCGCUCCAACUCCGGGGACAGUGCCACUCAGACCUCCAGCCCAGGCGGAUGGCAAUCGAAGCUCUCUGCCCUAAACUUCUUCCACCUUCAGGUGAGUCGACGUGGCACCGCCUGCUCCAGUCGGGCCUCGUCUCGGAAAUCGUCGCGUGCCUCGGACGCAUCCGAUCUCAGCGAACUGGCCGGACCAUGGCUAAACCUGCCCCUGAUGCUCGUCUCGGGGGCCGACGACGUGGUCAAGGACAUCAAGCAGCAGAGCGACGAGCUGGGCAAACGCGGUAGCAUAUUUGUGGAAGCGCCUAGAGCAAGUCGUCGCCGAAGCUUUUAUAAUUUCUUUUUGCGUCAUCAGGAUGCUGUCGAUGACAGCUUAACCUCACCUUCAGUACAUAGAAAAACCGCUAUGAACAACACGACCAACACCACCUCAACCUCCGCCUCCACCUCUGGCACGACCUCCUCCCCCGCCUCCGCGCCAGCCACUGGGUGUGGCCCAGCAGCCACCUCCGACAGCGACCGACACCAGGCGGUGGGGGGUGGGUCGGCUCCCUCACGUAAGCGCGCCUCUAGUUUCAUACGCAAGAAACCGCCCCUAGAAAGAGGUUUGUCAGCACAAAGCGCUUUAAGAGUAAACAAGAACGCUUUUGUCUCCGAGGCGCCAGCCCCCGAGGUGAUCGUCACCAGGCCGUCGCCGGACCAGCAGACGCACCCGCAUUCGCUCAGCCUACGUCCGGACAACGCCACCCUGGUCCACGUGCUGGUGCACCGCGAGAGCGAGGAAUACAAGGAGGAGGAUGAGAGCAGCCCGUCCUCCCCCGGAAACGGACAUGGUAUUAGCUGUGGCCCGGAGAGGCCGGCCAAGCAGGCGCCGCCUCAGAUACGGAUCAGCACGGGCUCGGUGGAGAGCACCAUGGACACGUGCUCGAUGCCCACAGUGCAGAUUAUGGUGGACAGUCCCAAGGACCCGCCGCGCGGCGAUUUCAGCGCUAUCGAGGAUGUGGAUGCACCCAUCGAUGUGAACGUCCAGGGAGACACAUCGCAGGUGUUUUACGAGUACAAUCCCGACAAGGCCACUGCCGACCACCAGGAUGGUGAGGAGGAGGAGAAAGAAGCGCUGGACGAAGCCCUCCCAGACAAACAGAGAUGACCUCCGGUCAACACUCCGCAGCGGGACUCGGAGCGACGCUCCAGCAGUGGCAGCAAGAGUAGUAGCAGCAGCACCAGCAGCGCCAGGAGCAGCUCAUCCUCCUCGUCGUCGUCGGCGGCAUCGGCAACCGGUCCUUCGGCGCGGCGUCCAAGCUGACAACCUCCAGUCUGAGUGCGUAUUCGAUGCCGAUUCCUGUGUGCAUUUGUGUCAGAACUCGUAGUUUCUUAGGCUUAGGCAUGGGGCCCGCCCCUUUGUUAUCAUAGUCGAUUACCUAUAUAAUUAUAUACUAGUCGCUUUAUACGAUAUACACACAUAUAUACACAUAUACAUAUACGGAGCUAUCCAAAUUUAUACAUACAAUAUCAAUUUAAGGAGGAAAUCAAUAUUAACUAUGUUAACAAAAACGUGCAUUAAACCGUUGUAGUACUCGAAUCAAAUCAAAACUCCGAAAGAGUCGGAAUCGCCAUCACCAUGGUUAUUGUCACAAUCAGAGUUGAGGAAGAGGAGAAUGGUCGGUAGUUUACUGCCCGAUUUAGUCGUAGUUAGAUCGGUUGACCCACAAAAGAGGGAAUGAGGGCUAGGUGUUGCACACGGCCAUGUAUUCUCUCUGCCGUGGGCCGACUUUCUUGAACAUUUUCGAAGGUUGUUUUUGAACUAUACAAUACAUAGAGAUUGGCAGUACUUGCAUACAUUACAUGUGUAACUAACUAUCGCGGUUAGAUGUAGGCUCAUAACUGUAGUGUUUGUUUUCUCAAUUAUCGACCUCCAUAUACAAAGGUAUAUGUGAAUAGUAAGUAAAUACAUUGUGUACAUAUGCCAAAGGAAGUAUUUUAAACUAAAGAGCUAAUACUGUAGUUACAGACAUAUGACAUUAGUUAGAGACAAUUUAUUGAAAUAUUUAUAAAGGUUUUUCGUUACGAUAGCGCAUAAAAUUGCCGAUUACCAAUACGAUUACGAUAGAGAAUAUUAUCCACUACCGAUUGUUCGAAGUACAAAAGCGAAGUAUUAGUAGAUUUGAUUAUUAUUAUUAUAUUGUAUUGUACAUAUCUUAUGGCUCCUCCCCGAUCCCCUUCGCUCUUUCUCUUCUACAUCCAAACGAGCAGUAAUAACUAAGCCAAAAACCAUGUCAAGUGAUUUUGUACUCCACAUACUCACAAACUUGAAUCAAUCUAGUCCCAGUCGGGAUCUAGACACUACACUGCACUGUAAUCCACAUCGUUAUCAAACCAAUCCAAGGAAACCCGAAAUCAAUCAGCAGUCCUACCUAUGUACCAGUUGAAAUAACUUUUAUGAUUGUGAGUUUAGUUUAGUUUAUUUUCGAUUAAGUAUAGCCGAAACAAGCGAAUCAAUACCAAGACGCAACCAGUGUGCUCUCCUAUACAAAGAACAACCGACAAGCUUCCACAAGAACUCUAUUUUAGCAAAAUAAUUUACAAUUUACACUCGACUUCUUUGUACGACUUUGAUAAUGGUUAAGUCGGGCCAAGUUUCCAAGAAACUCGCCUUGUUUUGUUACUUUUUAAGUGUUGUUCUCUCUUUUAAGUCUCCAUUGUGAUCACAUUAAGUUUAAACAUCGAACAGAAAAAGGAGUUGAGGAGUGAAUAGUUUAUACUCCGAGCGGGAGAAUACGAACAAAUACCGAAAUACUUAUGCACACCCGCACAUUCAGGGCACUCCAAUCGACUCCAGUCGAGUCUAUGCUACUCUUACUCUACUUUCAUAACUUAACAACAGACAAUCAGACAGCGAUUGAUAGUAAAUUGAAAUUCUAUGGUACCAACUAAAUCGUUUUCUCCAGGAACAAAUAACCAAAUGAACACACAAAAACUUAAUUGUGAUUUUAACUGCAAUUUUUACACAGAAAAUAAAACAACUAAGGUCAUAACUUUUAAUUAGAAUUGUUAACAAAUGGAAAAACCAACAACAGACAGAAACCAAACACUCGUCAAUUAAGUGAUAUUUAAUAUUGGUACGUACUCGUAUUCGAUUGUACAUAAACGAAAAACGAUUAUGAUAAUGGUAACGAAAUAGCAAUAGAACCUCAUCCAA